AUUCUCAACACAGGCCGUGACCAGCUCAGCCUAGAAGACCUCGAAGAGGACGGGGACAAUUCUUGCGACGGUACCACCAACAGACGAAACGUUGGGGAGCUGCAGAUCAAAUACAACGGCUUUGGCAUAGACUGGAUCACUUUCUUUCAGAACAUAAUAGAAUCACCAGACGUCUCAGAGAUUCGACUGUGUCAAGUGAAGCUAAGCCUGGAGCUGCAGCACUUGCUGAAGAUCACACCCAAGUCCUCCCUACGCCAGUUCAUCAUUCUCCACACGUUAAUACAUUCAGAUUUGUUUCUUCUCUUCAACAAAGGCCAUAUGACUGCAGUUCAGUCACUGGAUAACCUGGUAGUCUCAGAGACCUUAGAAGAUCAGUGUUUGGAUAUUCUUUUACAUUUUCUCCCUUCUUUGGAGAAGUUCUCAGGAUGUGACGACGAUACACUGUUCCACAAUCGCGGUAAUGCUUUGUCCACAUUGCGCAACAUACGCUCAUCGCUCUACAAUGUUCUAACCUCAUCCCUCAAGUUGACAAAGGACAACGCAGCCGUGGUUACUAACUCCAGCAUGAAGACCGUUACUGAUUCCAUUAGCGAAGAGCUAGUAGCCAGGUGUCAGGUCAGUGCUGGGCCUCAGGGACCUUUCGACGAGUACAAUUUCCAUUCUAAUAUGUUACGUAUUAUACAAUACCGACAUGCAGAAUACUUCCGAGGUCGUUUAUCAGGGGUCACCGGUGAUUUAGAUCUGUCUGCUUUAUGGAUAUCUUCCAGUGUUCAAGGCAACCAUCGAUCUCGAGCUGGUCCAAUAGUCUACCCAUCGCCAGUUCCUCAGCCGAUCACCUAUGGGUCAUUGGGCACAUUCCUAGCCUCCAGAGUGUCAAAUGGUUUGGGUAUAGAAGAUCUGCUCGACCACCAUGCCGAUGGGCUACUGAACCACAGCGUUGUCCUCGGUUUGGCAGUCAGGCUCAAGUGCUUGGUUGAGAUGUACGGAAAGAUGGAGAUGCUGGAUUAUGGUGCCCAGGUCUACAAGGUUGAUGGUGAUCUCACGAAAGGUCAACAGUGGAAAGAUCAACUAGCUCUCAAACUGUCUUAUCAGGCUUGGAAACAGCUGGACAACGAACUGGAGGUCGACCACUUCAUACCAGGAUUAACAUUCACACGACCCCAGAUGUUCUUCAUUGCUUUCGCUCAGACGCACUGUGAGAAAGUCAGCGAGAGAGGAAUACUCCAGUAUUAUGUUAGCGACGACCUGCUUCCGUCAAUACCAGGUCAACAGAGGGUGAACGGUAUUCUCCGGAGUUCCGAUGAAUUCUCAGAAGCGUUCCAGUGUUCCGACAACAUGUAUAUGAAUCCCAUGGACAAAUGUCGUAUAUUCUGA